AGAUAUAUGUGGAUUCUCUCCACGUCCCCGCUGCCUCUUUGUAUUGCUUUGGGAGGCGGGUCCGACUGGAACGUGGAUGGCUGGCUGGGCGAGUUCUGGGCGUGUGCCUCUGUUUUAUCCUGUCGGAUUCCGAAACGCUGUAGCUCUGACGGACCGGCUCGGUUUGGCCUGGCCAGGCCCGGCCCAGCUCAGAGCCGAUCAGAGCUUCGGACAGACACGGAGACACCGGGCGGGCUGGGGGAUGCACAGCCGUGCGUGAUCACACAGGCGCUUUUGUGGCCAGUCUGUCGUGUGUUUUGGUUUUGGAUUUACCGUGGCUUGUCCCCCAGCAGGCAGAGCUGGUGAAGCGGGUGGACCGGAGUUUUGAGCCGGCGGAGGGAGAGAGACCCAGACCCCGCCCGUCAACAGCUUCCCCGCGAAGAGAAAGAUGAACCCACGAUCACAGCUGUCACGCAGGGUAAAGAAGAGGUAAUCUAGAUGGAGAUAAGAAAAGAUCUGCCUGAAGAUCAAAAAGAAAUAUGAGAAAACAAGAGGAGCAGGAGAAGACAUGGAGCAAAAUAAAUGGGAACGUUAAAGGAAAGUUAAAGAGGUAUAUUGUUAAAUGAAGGAGAAUUAACGUCCAAUGGAACUAAAAGAAGAAAGUGGUAAAAGAGAGCCACAUAGACCCAAAGAACAGAAGAACUACAUAUGAAAGUAGCUAAAAGCUGAGGAGAAAAAGGUGGCUAAUUAACUGAAGGAUAGGAGAGACAUCUGGAAGAGCUCUAUGGGUGCAGGCAGCUGGUCCUCUGCCCUACGAAGAUGGCCUCUAACUUCAGUGACAUCGUCAAGCAGGGCUAUGUACGAAUGCGGAGUCGGAAGCUUGGGAUUUAUCGGCGCUGCUGGCUUGUGUUUAAGAAGUCAUCAAGCAAAGGACCUCGUCGUCUUGAGAAAUACCCUGAUGAAAAAGCUGCUUACAUCAGAGCAUGUCCCAAAGUGACAGAAAUUAGUAACGUCAAGAACAUCACCCGGUUACCUCGAGAUACCAAGCGACAGGCAGUAGCCAUUGUGUUUACAGAUGAUUCCUCACGCACCUUCACCUGUGAAUCAGAGCUGGAGGCAGAGGACUGGCUCAAAAUGCUGUCUAUCGAGUGUCUUGGUAUUCGACUGAAUGACAUCAGUAUGGGAGAACCUGACCUGCUGGCUGCUGGAGUACAGUGUGAACACACAGAGCGCUUCAAUGUGUUCCUCCUUCCCUGUCCAAACCUGGAUAUCUACGGGGAGUGCAUGAUGCAGAUAACCCAUGAGAACAUAUACCUGUGGGACAUCCACAAUCCUCGCACCAAGCUGAUUACCUGGCCCCUCUGCUCUCUCCGGCGCUAUGGACGUGAUGCCACUCGCUUCACUUUUGAAGCUGGACGGAUGUGUGAUAGUGGUGAAGGCCUCUACACCUUCCAGACCAAAGAGGGGGAGCAGAUUUACCAGAGGGUCCACUCCUCUACACUGGCCAUCGCUGAGCAGCACAAAAAGGUUCUGCUGGAGUUAGAGAAAAACAGAAGGAUGUUGUCUAAGGACUCAGAGGUUGGCUCCUACCCAUGUACCCCAACUGCCAUCCUACCCCGGUCUGCAUAUUGGCACCACAUCACUGGAAACCAGACUGAGAUGGAUCCUGGAAGUGCUGAUGGUGUUGAAGAGGAACUGCUGUCCAGCCAUCUGCCAGCUAAGGGCCACAUCACGUUGCCCCUAAAUACACAAGCACAGUCCCUGGCGCAUAUUCAUACACUUGUGCCAUCACACUUUCCUACAUUACCAGGACAGUGACACUCACGUGCAUAUUUAUACAUGCACACAUAGAGGAGAACUUGGAUAUGUGCAAGUAUAUUGAAACGUACAGUGAGGACACUUAUCUUUCUUGUUUCGAAUGCUGCAGUUUGAUACUGUUGCAUUGUUCUGUAAAGGACAUGUGACCAACUGCAGAUGGACUCAAAUGGGCUUCCUUCCAUGACUGUAAUUCAACAGUCAGCUAAUGUAGACAUUCAGCUCUGCCUGGGGAUUUGUAAAAGUUUCUAUGACUUCCUGUGAAAUGUGGUAAUGUUCUGUAACCACCAAGUUUGUUUUAAAGACUCAAUCAAAAAUUGUAACAAUUUUAGACACUCAUCUUUUCUCUGGGCUAUACUCAAGGUCUCUUGAAAAACAAACCAAGUGAGUAGCACUGUAACAGAAUUUGCAUCCUACAACUAUGUAAAGUAAAACAAAAAAGCAUUUUGUUUUCCUUCUUCAGUUAUUUCAGUAUCUGUAACUUUGGGAAGCUGUAGCACAGUUGUAAAUGUAGUCAGCUUGCAGUUAGAACAGUUUGAGUUUCAUUCUAGCUUCCUCCCCAUGCCACCGGUUAGUGUGUCUUUGAGCCAAGCACUUAAUCCCAAAUUGCUAACGAUCUAUGUAUGAGUGUGUACAUGUUUGAAAGGACAACUGAGUGAAUCUUGUAAUCUAAAAAUGCUUUGAAUUGUCAGUAAAUCUAGAGAAGCACUGAGAAAUUUCAAGUCAGUUAUUUAAGCUGUCUCUGGAGCUGCUUUUUAUUCCUUUUAAAGCUGACUUUCAAGUUUAGCUGCUAAGUAUAUAAAAUCUAACAGGAUGUUGUUUAAACUGUGCAAAUAAUUUUUCAACAAUUGGCACAUUAGUGUAGUCGAGGUCUCAAUGAGAGAACAAAUUUUCCUUAAAGAAGAGAAAUCUGGGACAUGUGGACAUUUGUAAGACAUGUCCCACAUAGAUUGCAUAAAGCAUAUUUAGGCUUUAAUGUCAAAAUAAAAGCCUAAAUAGCUGCAGAUUAUAGCUGCAUGCCUUGAUCUAGAAGUCAGUUAUUUUUAUUGAAGUAUAAUGAAAUUCUAACUUUUGCUCCUUUUUCAUAGUUUGUAAUGCGUGUAUAUGUUGGAGCUGCCUUGGAUCAGAUGGAUUAGAUGUUCAAAAUGGGUUUCAUGGAAUUUUCUUAAGCCUGUCUUGUUAGAUGGAGUAAUGCAGUGACCAAGGCUGCAAGGUGCCUUACUAGCACCAAAUAGAAUGUGCUACUCCUGGAAAGGUAAGACUAGUUUUCUAAUUCGGAAGAUCCCUAGUUUUUCUACUUCUGGACUGAUCUUUGAUUUUGCCCAAAAUAAUGUGACCUUUCAGAAGGAAAAUCUGUUUACUGACACCUGAAGCAGGUUUUGAAGUAGGGGAUGAUGCUGUCACUAGAAUAUUUUUUUAUAUGUGCAAAAAUUGUAAAUAGUCUUUGUAAGAGCUGCAGAUGUGUCUUGUGCUGAAUUUAUACAACACUGUCAUUAUUUCAAGUCUAAUUUAUGAUGAUAAUGACUUGUGAGCAUACUUUGUAGAACAGACAUUGGCUCUGGUGACUGAAAAGCCAACCACCCACACAUAUUAAAAUUUGUAAGCCAACGUCAAGCAAAAGCUUAAGGUAAAUACUGUAGGUCCAUAAUGAAAUCAUCUACUUAUAGCAACAUAAAGCAUGAAAAAUUUUGAAUUCAUUUAUUUUCAUGUGGAGAUAUUGGAAAGGCCAGCAGGUAGUGAAAGGUUGACUUUACCAACAUGUGCAACACCAACAAACUCCAAGUAGAUAUCCAAGAUUGUUGGUUUAUUCAGUCUAAACUAUUGGCUGACAGUUCAAAAUGAUAACAUUUUACCUGCUCAGAAUCCAUGAAACUUCAGGCUCAUGUGAAUGAAAACUGGAUUGUUUAGAGUUAAAGAUUCAAAACAAAAACCUGAAAUAGUCACACAAAGCAUUAUGCAUGAGAUGUCUACAUUUUCUUCUUUGUUUUUCUUGACUGUUAUUCUUAACUACAGGUGAGCACAGAAAAAAUUACCUGCUGCAAACAUGCAGGAUUGUAAAAGGAAAUAUGCCCGUUUACUGUCAGGAAAACAUCCUUCUCCUUUACACAUGAACUCAACACUUAUUGAAAUUGGGAUGUUGUAUAUAAGUCACUUUUCUGUUAAGAGCACUGUCAAGUCAUGCAGUGGGUCUGCUUUAGGCUAAUACAGGGCAUGACUAUUCUGUUGUGUUUUGCCACUGAUUGUUGAAAGGACAUUUAAGAUUUUAGGAACAAACUGACUAUCUACACAGAACAAACUGUAAAAUAGGAUUUAGCUGGAAUUAUACUGAAAUUCCUGUCUAACUUCCACUCCAUGGCAUAAACAAAAGAGGGCUAAGCAUUUUUCUGUUUGUUUACACAAUGUUGAUUGUGAAUUGUUCAUUUUUUGUGUACUUAUGGUCUACUAUUAUAUAUGAUGCCUUCUUUAUGUAGCCUUUUACAUGAGUCUAUUUAUUCUAAAAUGUUUAUGUUUCAUGUUUGAAAAUAACAGUGUUUUUGCGUGAAAGAGUGUGACACAAUAUUUCAACAUAUGUUUAUGAAAAUGCAGACAGAACCUAGCUUGCACAUUGUGCAAGCAGAUGGUAUUCUGUCCACACUUUGCCAGCAUGAAUCUGCACCUGUUUGGACAAUAAGAAUACAUUCACCAGAGUGUCUUGUGCCUGCACUUUCCCAUGUGCUUUGUGGCAGUAGAUUAAUCACUGCCACACAAUGUGUUUGCUUGCUUUCCUGGAGGAAAUAACUGUAGCAGAAAGCUACAGUGUUUUAUAAAUCUAGAAACAAAUGUUUACUGAUUUUGUUAGACUGAAAUUGAUGUAAAUUGUUUUGUAACACCAAUAUACAGUGUAGGGCAGUCCAGUCUGGCUAUGACUGAAUCGCCUGGACAAGCAAGGACUUGAAUGAGGUUCAAGAAACAUUGAAGUCUGUCAGUGAAGAAAUGCGAAUACUUUGACAAAGAAAUGUAGACCUUCAGUCUGCCUUGUUUCACUACUUAUCAAAGUCAGUUACUGCAUCAAACGUCAAACUACAGGACUAAUUAAGAACCUAUGUGUGUUUCAGCUUCUUGAUGUAGCUAAGUACUUAUUGGCUAAGUACUUAGCCAAUAAGUACUUAGCCUUAUUGGUACUUAUUGGCCAAUAAGCCAAUAAGUACUUAUUGGUUAGUUAAUUAAUUAAUUAAUUAGUAAUUAAGUUGGCUAAGUACCCAACAGUACUUAUUGGCUAAGUACUGUUAGCCAAUAACCAAAAACUGAGCCACUGUCAUUCCUUAUUAGUGUCGCAAUAGCUAUCUUACAUUAUGAAACAGAAACACAAUCAAGAGCACCACAAAAUGUCAUGUAUUUGAUCAUUAAACAAAUUAGGAGUCCCAAUUUUGGCAAAAAAAAAAAAUUACUUUGACAUUUCAUACCAAAAUACUUCCAGAAAUUUCUCCUCCUUUUCCCACCCCCAAAUAACAAUGGAUAACUGUCCAUUGUUGGAAAAAUGGACAGCUAUCCAUUUUCAAUGAAAAAUGUCAUUGACAAGACUUUGUUUCUGUAAAUACAUAAAAACUGUGAUUAUUGCUAAAAUAACUAGGAAACAGUCAUUAACCUGAGUCGAACUGAUGGAUAGUGAUAGAAGACAUAUGUUGACUGCUAAUGCCACUUUGUAAAACAGCCUUUGGGCCACUGAAGCUGCAUUUACCUGCUGAUGAUGAUGAUUUAAAGAUUUAAUUGAACAAAUAUGCUGAAAAGCAGAAUAGAAAGAGACUGCAGUGCCAGUUGUCCUUCAGGCUAAAAGCAAAGCUAUAGCAUGUGUUAGUCUGUUUUCUUAUUAUCACCUCUCACUCCUGACUGUGACCUCCCUGCAGACUGAUGAAAAUUAGAUGUAACCUAUCACACUGUUUAUGCUAGAUGCACGUUUUGGUGAAAAAUAAAGUCUUACCUGCUUA